AGAGACACAAAUUGAUAAAUGAAGAUUAUUUAACAUAGACGUAACAGAUGCUCAACAAUUCUUGUAUACUUUCAUCUACGUUGGUACUUAAAUAUUGAUUGGUUGGUGUAUAAAUAGUACCAAUGCAAAUCUUUAUCUCUCACCUUUCGUUCGACACUCCAAAUAUACUUUCGAUUCCUGUAAGGCCAGCCACCAUGGGGCUUUCACCACUGUCCCUCUCUCAAUUUCUCUCGUCCAUUCUGUUUCUCUUCCAUUUUCACACAACAAUUUCUUCAUCAAAUUACUCCUCUUCAUCUCAUUUCUGUGCUCCUGACCAAAGCCUUUCUUUGCUCCACUUCAAAGAGUCCUUUUCCAUUAAUAGCUCUGCUUCAGGGCGUUGCCAGCAUCCCAAGACAGAGUCGUGGAAAGAGGGUACAGACUGCUGCUCGUGGGAUGGGAUCACUUGUGACCUGAAAACCGGGCAAGUCACUGCACUGGACCUUGCUUGCAGCAUGCUUUAUGGCACCCUCCAUUCCAACAGCACCCUCUUCUCCCUGCAUCAUCUUCAAAAGCUCGACCUCUCUGACAAUAAUUUCCAAAGCUCCCAUAUUUCUUCUCAAUUUGGCCAGUUCUCCAAUCUGACAUAUCUUAACCUAAAUUACUCAGUCUUUGCAGGUCGAGUUCCGUCGGAAAUCUCUCAUCUCUCCAAAUUGGUUUCACUUGAUCUCUCUGGAAACGGCUAUGUGAGUGUAGAACCAAUUUCUUUUGACAAGCUUUCUUUUGACAAGCUUGUUCGAAAUCUAACCCAGCUUAGAGAACUCGAUCUGAGUUCAGUAGACAUGUCAUUGGUUACACCCAAUUCCUUGAUGAAUCUGUCUUCUUCUUUGUCGUCACUCAUACUCCGUUCCUGUGGACUGCAAGGAAAAUUCCCAUCCUCAAUUAGAAAAUUUAAGCACCUCCAGCAGUUGGAUCUUGCAGAUAACAAUCUUACAGGUCCAAUUCCAUAUGAUCUUGAGCAACUCACUGAGUUGGUUUCACUUGCUCUCUCUGGAAACGAAAACGACUAUCUUAGUCUAGAAUCAAUUUCUUUUGACAAGCUUGUUCAAAACGUAACCCAGCUUAGAGAACUCUAUCUGUGUUGGGUGAACAUGUCAUUGGUUGCACCCAAUUCCUUGAUGAAUCUGUCUUCUUCUUUGUCAUCACUCAUACUCUAUUCCUGUGGACUGCAAGGAAAAUUCCCAUCCUCAAUGAGAAAAUUUAAGCACCUCCAGCAGUUGGAUCUUAGAAAAAACAAUCUUACAGGUUCAAUUCCAGAUGAUUUUGACCAACUCACUGAGUUGGUUUCAAUUGAUCUCUCUUUCAAUGAUUAUUUGAGUGUAGAACCAAGUCCUUUUGACAAGAUUAUUCAAAACCUAACCAAGCUAAGUGGUCUCCGUUUGGGUUAUGUAAAUAUGCCUUUGGUCACACCUAAUUCCUUGGCGAAUCUGUCCUCAUCCUUGUCACCUCUAGCCCUUUGGGGUUGUGGAUUGAAAGGGAAGUUCCCAGGUAACAUCUUUCUCCUACCAAACCUUCAAGUACUUGAUUUGACAUUCACCGGCGACCUCACUGGCUCUUUCAUUUUUCUCCUACCAAACCUUCAAGUACUUGAUUUGACAUUCAACGGCGACCUCACUGGCUCUUUCCCUUCGUCCAAUGUGAGUAAUGCCCUCAGGUUAUUGGGUCUUUCUCAUACGAGAAUUUCAGUUUAUUUAGAAAAUGACUUCUUCACUAAUCUAAAGUUGUUGGAAGUUCUGUCUCUUAGAAGCUCUAAUAUCAUAAGAUCAAAUCUAACCCUGAUUGGUCAUCUCAAUCAACUCACCCGUUUAGAUCUCGCAGGUAAUAAUUUUGGCGGUCAGAUUCCAUCAUCACUUGAAAACCUUGUGCAACUUCGUAUUUUGUAUCUCGAUUCCAAUAAUUUUUUGGGUCAGAUUCCAGAUUUUUUAGGUAACCUAACCCUCCUUGAAAAUUUAGGUUUAUCCAAUAAUCAACUUUCAGGACCUAUUUCUUCUCAAAUAAAUACCCUUUCAUUGAGAUUCUUUGAUUUGAGCAAAAACAACUUGCAUGGUCCAAUCCCAAGUUCAAUUUUCAAACAAGAGAACCUGGAAGCCCUUGUUCUUGCAUCCAACAAUAAAUUAACAGGUGAAAUUUCUUCUUCUAUUUGCAAGCUUAAAUUCCUUCGACUCCUUGAUUUGUCCAACAACAGCUUGAGUGGUUUUAUACCACAAUGUUUAGGGAACUUUAGCAACUCUCUCUCAAUUUUGAAUCUUGGCAUGAAUAAUCUUCAAGGCACCAUUUUUUCACCAUUUUCAAAGGGGAAUAACUUGGGAUAUCUCAACCUAAAUGGAAAUGAAUUGGAAGGGAAAAUACCAUCGUCUAUCAUCCACUGCACAUUGCUGGAAGCUCUUGAUCUUGGCAACAAUAAGAUUGAGGACACAUUUCCCUAUUUUCUAGAAACACUUCCAGAGCUUUAUGUUCUUGUACUAAAGUCCAACAAACUCCAAGGUUUUGUGAGUAGUUCGACUACUAAUAAUUCAUUCUCCAAAUUGCGGAUUUUGGACAUCUCCAACAAUAGUUUGAGUGGACCUUUGCCAAUAGGGUAUUUCAGUAAUCUCGAAGCGAAAAUGACCUAUGAUCCUAAUAUAUAUUACAUGAUGGCAGUGACAUGGGAAGGGUUCGAAACUGAGUUCACGAAAAUCCAAAGCACUCGUAGAAUACUUGAUUUGUCAAAUAACAAAUUCACCGGUGAGAUUCCAGAGUUGAUCGGAAAACUUACAGCAGUCCAACAACUUAACUUCUCUCAUAAUUCCCUUACUGGUCAUAUUCAAUCAUCUAUAGGAAUGUUGACCUAUCUGGAAUCAUUAGAUCUGUCUUCAAAUUUGUUUACUGGAAGGAUUCCAGUACAGUUGGCAGAUCUAACAUUUCUUGCGGUCUUAAACCUUUCACAUAACCAGCUUGAGGGGGCCAUACCCAGUGGAAAGCACUUCAAUACGUUUAAUGCAAGCUCAUUUGAAGGAAACUUGGGUUUAUGUGGAUUUCCAAUGCCAAAAGAAUGCAAUAGUGACGAGGCACCACCAUUGCAGCCAUCAAACUUUCACGAUGGAGAUGAUUCAAAAUCCUUUGGAGAAGGAUUUGGAUGGAAAGCUGUGGCAAUAGGGUAUGGAUGUGGGUUUGUAUUUGGAGUCACAAUGGGAUACGUUGUGUUUAGAACAAGAAAACCAGCAUGGUUUCUGAAAGUGGUUGAAGAUCAAUGGAAUCUGAAGGCAAGAAGAACGAAGAAGAAUGCUCGUAGAAAUGGUGCAAGAAGAAACUAAACAACGCAGCUAGUAACAUGAAUGAAGUUUCGAAUAAACAUCCUCGCUACCUUAUGAGAUACCAAGCUAAGUUGACAUGAGAAGAACGCUAGAGUGGCAGAUUCAGAGAACUGGAUUCCUCUUUCGUACUUCUUCGGUUUUCCUUCAUGGUUGUGUUUUAUUUUAUUUUAUUUUCAUUAGUUUAUUCGAUACAUGGAAUAUUUUCGAGUCACUUAAUAUGGUUUGGAUGUUACAUCUAUAAAAAAAGAACCAAUGCAUGCAGCAGUUGUUACAUCUUU